CUUCCGGGCGGGGCUGCCUGGUGUUGCCGGAAGGGCCGCACGGCACUAUGUUGGCCCUCGUCGGCUUCCGUCGGCUGCUGGCGGCGCCGGCGCGGAGCGGCGGCGGGGACAUGCCCAGAAAGGGAAAAGGAGCCGGGAAGGGACCCGCGGAACCGGCCGCCGCUGCGGGACCGGUGGCGGCGGCGGGUGACGGCUGCGUGAGGGUGGCGGUUCGCGCCAAGCCUGGUGCCCGGUGCAGCGCCGUCACAGAUGUGACAGCUGAGGCAGUAGGUGUAGCUAUUGCUGCACCUCCAUCAGAAGGGGAGGCCAAUGCAGAGCUGUGUCGCUACCUCUCUAAGGUGCUAGAAGUGAAGAAGAGUGACGUUGUUUUAGAGAAGGGUGGUAAAUCACGUGACAAAGUGGUGAAGAUUUUGGUAUCCAUGACACCAGACGAGAUUUUAGAAAAACUGAAAAAAGCAGCUUCCAGUUGACCUAAAACAAGACCGGGAAAUGGGACAAUGCAUCUUGGUAAAUGGACUGAUAUUCCUUCUUAAGUAAAUCUUGUCCUGUUGAGAAUGUGGGUAAGGAGUAGGCAAAGCUACUUCCGCCUCCCCCCCCAGUUAAUAUUGGUGCUGUAUCAUUGACGUUUUUGUGUAGGUUUGCUUAGAAAAACUUGGCUUUACUGAGGCUCUGUAUCUGCUUCUGUCACUACAGACUUUUUUCCCGCUGGAGUGUUCCCUGUUGGUAAGAUUUGUCCUCUUUCCUGGUUCCUAAACAAAUGGUUUAGAAAACUUGUUUCUUAGUGAACCAAACUUUGGUUAACAAAGUAAAAAGCUUGGAGUGACAGGCUUUAAUGUGAAAAGUGAUACAAAAGGAUGAGUCUGGAUGGAUGGUAAAGACCCUGGAAGAACGUUCUCUUCAGUAUCUAGCCGCAGGUACUGGGUGCAGUUUUCCACUAUGUGCACAUGUGUACGUUUAAAAUAAAUGUAUUUGAGGCCAGUAUACUGUUGUUGAACAUGCAAGCAAGCUAAAAGCAGAAUCGCCUGAAGAACUGAAACAAAACUAGAAGUUUGCAGUAUGAAAAACUGACCCAGAACCUGGUAAUUGCACACACCGUGUCACUUUGUAAUAGUCUGUAAUUAGUUUCCUGAAAAGUAGCAAUACAAUCAUGGUUUUUUGCCAAAUGUAUGUCAAGUGUAAUGACUGUUUUUAAUAAAAGGGGCGAAAAGUAUUA